AUGACAGAAUUCAAUUCAUCAAGUAAUCAAAUAGAAGGAAAUAUUUUUGUGAAUGGCACUAGAAAAUUGAAGCACUUGGAUUUAGCUGGUAAUUCUUUUACAAAAAUUCCACUCAUUGUGGGAAGUCUUAUCCAUCUCAAGUAUCUAGAUUUGUCGAGCAAUGAUAUAAUUGGAGGGAUACCUUUGAGCAUGGGCAAUCUUAUUUGCUUGGAAUAUUUAGAUUUGCAACACAAUCAUAUCACUGGAGAGUUACCUUUGAGCAUGGGCAACUUCACUAGCUUGAUUCGUUUGGAUGUGUCAGAUAAUGGAUUUUUUGGACUCAUACCAGAUGCUUUGGGCAACCUCACUAGCUUGAUACGUUUGGAUGUGUCAGAUAAUGAAUUUUUUGGACGUAUACCAGAUGCUUUGGGCAACCUCACUAGCUUGGUAUAUUUGAAUAUGCGAUGGAAUGGGUUUUUUGGACAUAUACCGGAUGCUUUGGGCAACCUCACUAGCUUGAUACAUUUGUAUUUGUCAUCUAAUAAAUUUUAUGAAUGUAUACCAGAUGUUUUGGGUAAUCUCAUCAAUUUGAAGGAACUACACCUAUUUGAUAACAAUAUUUCUUGUCAAAUACCAGAAAACAUUGGCAGACUUCAUAAGUUGUCGGAUUUUGAUGCAUCAGGAAAUAACUUGAAUGGGCAGAUACCAUUGAGUUUUGGUGAUCUAUGCAAGUUGAAGACUUUGAAUUUGUAUGAGAAUAAUAUUAGUGGAGAAUUAACAAAUCUAUUUGAUGGUUUGUCUAAAUGUCCACGAGGAUCCAAGUUACAGACCUUCAACAUUUUUGCUAAUAAGUUGAGCGGGUCAGUUCCUUUCAGUUUGGGACAAUUAGCUCAACUACGAUCCUUGGAUAUCUCAUCAAAUUCAUUACGGAACAACAUGACAGAUGCUCACUUUUCCAAGCUAACCAACUUAAUAUAUUUAGAUAUAUCUGAUAACUACUUGAAUUUGAUUUUAUCGGAUGAUUGGCUUCCUCCUUUUCAUGCUGAGGUGAUUGAUAUGAGCUAUUGUCAUUUGGGAACUAGAUUUCCUUCAUGGAUUCAAACGCAAAAAAAAUUGACAAAAUUAGCUUUAUCUGGAGUUGGACUUUACGGAAAUAUUUCAGGUUGGUUCGAUUUCAUUUUCAAUAAUUCACUAUUUCAUCUUGACAUAAGCUCAAACAAUUUGAAUGGUCAGAUACCUUCUCGUCUAAGUACCUUUAUGGAUCUUUCAAAUAACUCCUUUGGUGGAACAAUUGCAUUGAGCUACACAAAAUUUGAAGUCCUUCAAGUAUUAAAGUUGUCUAAUAAUCAUAUCAGUGGUAGUUUCCCGGCCUUCUUUUGCAAUUUCACUAAUUUAAGGAUAUUACAACUAUCCAAUAAUUAUUUAUCGGGCAAAAUCCCAAAUUGCCAUGGGUCAAAUCCAUUUAAUUUGAAUUCCCUGCAUAUGAACAAUAACAAUUUGUCUGGACCAUUUCCUCUUGUCUUAAGAAAUUCUAAAGUAUUAUUUGUUCUUGAUCUUGGUGGGAAUAGAUUUUCUGGUGAAAUACCAAAAUGGGUGGGAAGGAGCUUCCCGUUGCUAAAGAUUCUUCGUUUGAGCUCCAAUUCAUUCCAUGGUGCUAUUCCAAUGAGUAUAGUAAAUCUUUCUCUCCUCCAAAUUUUGGAUCUUUCAUCCAACAAACUUACUGGCAGUAUACCAUCCACCAUUGCAAAUUUUAGUUCUAUGCUUGUGAAACAAAACUACAGUGUUAGUUUGCAUUUUAGUGGUAACUAUUCUAUUUCUUUUGGAUGCCCAUCCUGUGACUAUUUCUCGAAUGGUGACAUGGAGUAUUUGCUCGAUGAUAACAUUAUAAUAACUGCAAAAGGGUCAACCAAUGAAUACACUACAACUCUUAGUGCAGUGGCAAGCAUAGACUUGUCAAACAAUGAGCUUUCUGGUGAAAUUCCAAAAGAGAUCACGGAGCUACAUGGAUUGUGCUUCCUCAACUUGUCCAAAAACCAGUUGACGGGAAGAAUUCCAGAAAAUAUUGGUGUCAUGUCAGAAUUGGAGUCUCUUGACUUGUCAAUGAACCGUCUCACAGGAGAAAUUCCUUUCAGCCUAUCUGCUUUAAACUUUCUCGAAUCCUUGAAUCUCUCUUACAACAAUUUGUCAGGAAAAAUCCCAACAGGAGGUCAAUUGUCAACCUUCAAUGACUCGACCUUAUAUGUUGGCAACGAGGGCCUUUGUGGUGUGCCACUUCCAGAGUGUCCUACUGAUGACGCUAAUCAUUCAACAUCUCAAAUAAGAGAAAAUGAAGAAGGUGACAAGCUUGAAACAAUUCUGAAUUAUACCUUCAUUAUGAUGGGGUUCAUAGUUGGUUUUUGGGCAUAUUUUGGCAUGAUUAUCAUGAAAAAGUCGAUGAAGGUUACUCUCUUCCAGUUGGUGGACAAGAUGUAUGAUUGGAUGUAUGUGCAACUCAGGCUGAAGAUUGCAAAGCUGAAGUUGAAAUGGCAAAAAUGA